AUGUCAGAUCUCUUCGAUUCCAUCUUCUUCGUCAACGCCCUCCGCCUCCUCCCGUUCUUGCGUUCCGUUCUUGGUCUCCGCGGCAGCGGCGUGACUUUGUCCUGAGAUGACGACGGGCGAGGCGGCGGUGGAGGCGUCUCCGCAGCGGAGCCUGGCUUCCUCGGACCACCUCCGGCACGUGGAGUCGAUGACCCAGCUGCCAUCCGGCGCCGGUCAGAUCUCCCACCUCAACGCCGUCAUCCUCGGCGAGCCCCUCGCGUCCGAGGAGAACGACCGCGUCUUCCCCUCCCACGACUUCUCCCGCCAGGCCCUCGUCUCCUCCCCCGAACAGUAUUGGAAAAUGUACAAGAGGUCGGUGGAGGAUCCUGCAGGAUUCUGGUCGGAGAUCGCUUCCCAGUUUUACUGGAGAGAGAAGUGGUAUCCGGAGGUCUACAGUGAAAACAUUGAUGUGACCAAGGGGACCGUCAAGUUUGAGUGGUUUAAAGGAGCCAGGACGAACAUCUGUUACAAUGCUGUGGAUCAGAAUGUUGAGGCAGGAAAUGGUGGAAAAGUUGCUAUCUAUUGGGAAGGCAAUGAACCAGGGGAUGAUGGGCAGUUGACUUAUGCUGAACUCUUGGAGAAGGUUUGCCAGCUCGCCAACUACUUGAAACAUGUCGGGGUUCAGAAAGGAGAUGCGGUGGUGAUUUACCUCCCUAUGCUGAUGGAGUUGCCAAUCACAAUGUUAGCCUGUGCUCGUAUCGGUGCAGUCCACUCGGUUGUGUUUGCAGGCUUCUCAGCGGAGUCUCUUGCACAAAGAAUUAUCGACUGCAAACCUAAGGUUGUAAUAACCUGCAAUGCUGUGAAGAGAGGUUCCAAAGCCAUCCAUCUCAAAGAGAUAGUUGACAGCGCCCUCAUUGAAUCUGUCAAAAAUGGAGUCCCUGUAGGCCUGUGCUUGACCUUUGAAAACCAGUCGGCAAUGAAGAGAGAAGAUACCAAGUGGACAGAAGGAAGAGAUGUCUGGUGGCAGGAUGUUGUCCCACAAUUUCCAACCAAGUGUGCUGUAGAAUGGGUUGAUGCAGAAGAUCCAUUAUUUCUCUUGUACACAAGUGGUAGCACUGGAAAACCAAAGGGUGUUCUGCAUACAGCCGGGGGAUAUAUGGUAUAUACUGCAACAACAUUCAAAUAUGCAUUUGACUAUAAGCCAUCAGAUAUAUAUUGGUGUACUGCCGAUUGUGGCUGGAUCACAGGACACAGCUAUGUUACAUAUGGCCCUCUUUUGAAUGGAGCUACUGUUGUGGUAUUUGAAGGGGCUCCAAACUACCCUGAUAGUGGACGUUGUUGGGAUAUCGUUGAUAAAUAUAAGGUUACAAUCUUUUACACUGCUCCAACUUUGGUGCGUUCACUGAUGCGUGAAGGAAAUGAGUAUGUCACUCGUUACUCUCGGAAAUCUCUCCGUGUUCUUGGUAGCGUAGGAGAGCCUAUUAAUCCUAGUGCAUGGAGGUGGUUUUACAAUGUUGUCGGGGAUUCACAGUGCCCUAUUUCAGAUACCUGGUGGCAAACAGAGACCGGUGGCUUCAUGAUUACACCUUUACCUGGUGCCUGGCCGCAGAAGCCGGGUUCUGCUACCUUUCCUUUCUUUGGUGUUCAACCGGUUAUAGUUGAUGAGAAAGGGAAUGAGAUAGAAGGUGAAUGUAGCGGAUAUCUUUGCAUCAAGAGGUCAUGGCCUGGGGCAUUCCGCACACUGUAUGGUGAUCAUGAGAGAUAUGAAACAACAUAUUUUAAACCAUUUGCUGGUUAUUAUUUUACUGGUGAUGGAUGCAGCAGGGACAAGGAUGGUUACUAUUGGCUCACUGGGAGAGUUGAUGAUGUCAUCAAUGUCAGUGGACAUCGUAUUGGCACUGCAGAAGUAGAAUCUGCUCUUGUUUCACAUCCCCAGUGUGCUGAGGCUGCUGUAGUUGGUGUUGAACAUGAGAUUAAAGGACAGGGCAUUUAUGCUUUUGUCACUUUAGUGGAGGGUGUUCCUUACAGUGAAGAGCUACGGAAAAGCCUCAUUUUGAUUGUCCGAAACCAGAUUGGUGCAUUUGCUGCCCCUGACAAAAUCCACUGGGCACCUGGACUUCCAAAGACGAGGAGUGGAAAGAUCAUGAGGAGGAUCCUACGAAAAAUUGCAUCCAGGCAGCUAGAUGAACUUGGUGAUACCAGUACACUUGCCGACCCAAGUGUUGUGGACCAGCUAAUUGAGCUACGUGAUUGCUAGUACAAGAUUAUGAGAUUCGUCCAUUUCCUUGACUCUUGACACAUUUCUUUGAGGUCUAAUACGAUUGCAGAAAUAGAAUACUCGAAUUACUCGUGCCUAGUUUUCCUUCCCCGCCAGGGGAAAAUCAACAUAGUGCUUGUGUAAUAAGCACAUUAAGUGUGUGAGAGCAUUGUCAGUAGGUCUUUUUGUGGUGAAUGCUUCAGUAGCUUAGCCGAAUGCUACUUCAGUUAUGCUCUUGUCAUGACAUUAUCUAUUUGAAUCUUUUGCUACAUCAAUAAAAGUGAGGCUCAGCCGACAUGCAGUUGUGUUA